AAUAUUGUCAUGUACUUGCGGGAGAAGAAACGAACUUUCCACGUUCAUGAAAGAAAUCCGGUUGCAGUUCUGCGACGCGCAGCUCCUCCGCUCUUAAGCUCUCGCACGACUCUCCUUCUCCCUCUCCCUCCCUCUCUCUCUCUCUCUCUCUCUCUCUCUCUCGUGCUCCUCCGUUCUAUCCACGAUAGUCAGCAAUGGCUUCCCCCGCCUCUGUGUUUCUCUUGGCACUUAUGCUGCCUAUCUCGAGCUGCUUCGCGGAAAUCCGUAAGGAACUACGAAUUAAGGAUGCCGGCAUUCAAUUGGGCCAUGCCUCUCACUCUGAUAGAAUUGAUCCAUCAAAAGUUGUCCAGCUCUCUUGGCAACCAAGGAUCUUCCUUUACAAGGAAUUUCUUAGCAAAGAAGAGUGUGAUCAUCUGAUUUCCUUGGCUUAUGACAAGAAUUAUAAAAUCACGGGGAGUGGUGAUGACUCAGGCAACGUCUCCAUAAGCAGGCAGCUACUGAGCUCAGAAAUUCCUUUGGACAUGAAAGAUGACGUAGUCGCAAGGAUUGAGCAAAAACUGUCUGCUUGGACUUUCCUCCCGAGAGAGAACAGUCGGGCUAUGCAGAUUCUACACCUUGAGAAUGAAGAUACAAAGCAGAAAUACGAUUACUACAGCAAAAAUUCACCAAGGGAGAGCUUGGUGGCAACAGUUGUUAUAUAUCUUUCGAAUGUUGCUAGUGGUGGCGAGAUUCUCUUCCCCCAUUCGGAGCCGAAGCAGGAGAGCUGGUCUUACUGUGGCAGCAAAGAUAAUCCUCUGAGACCCGCCAAAGGGAAUGCUGUCCUUUUCUUCAGUAGCCAACCCAGUGCUUCACCCGACGAGAGAAGCUUGCACACGAGAUGCCCUGUUCUUGAGGGGGAAAUGUGGACUGCCACAAAUUCAUUUUACUCGAGAGCCGUCAGUUCAGGAACGUCACGAUCAGGACCCGAAGGCAGUGAGUGCACGGACGAGGAUGAGAACUGCCCAAGGUGGGCCGCUGUUGGCGAAUGCAAGAACAACCCCGUGUUCAUGAUAGGUUCACCCGAUUACUAUGGGACAUGUAGGAAGAGCUGCAAUGCCUGCUAAUAUACUGCAUUGUCAGUAUUGCCAAACUUCCUGACUUCCCACUCUCGGCAUGAUGCCAUAGCAUAACCUAAUUUUUCAAUCUUUAUAAGUCAAAGUCUAGCAAAUAAUUCGAUUUCAAGCAGGUUGCUCAUCGGUUUCAGUUCUCGAUAUAUAUUGAGGCAGAGAUAUUGUAAA